AUGUUGAGGACAAAUAACAGUAACACACUUGUGGAACCUUCGAUUUCUCUGCAAGAAUUACAAAAGCACAACAAAGUCGACGAUGCUUGGAUAGUAAUCAGUGGAAAGGUAUUACUUCUGAAGGUUUUGUUAACGAUAAAUCUCUUUUAUUGUAAGAUGCUAAUCUUUGCUUACGGGAGGUCGAAACAAUCAAACUGCGUGCCGGUGAGCUUCAGUAAAAGACAAAUAAAUGUCUUAACGGUGCCAGAGUGGGGAUUUUUUGUCUAGCUAGCGAUCGAGGCCUACAAUAGUGCACACAGUAUGCUGUUCUUUAUGUAAGGGAACAAUCAAGAGCCUUUUUUCAAACGUCAGAUCGCAGCAUAGUCUUCCUCUCAAAGACAAGACGGGUCUUCCUCCGAGCCGUUUUAGUGACGCUACCCCCCACCUAAGGGGCCGACCAUUUAACUCUUGGGGGGGGGGGUGGGUGAUUUUGAAAAAAAAUUUCCUGCAAGCGCUUGUCGGAAGAAAAAAAUUGCAUGCAGCACAAAUGUAAUAAAGAGCUUAAGGGAAAAAAAGGGAAAAAAAUAUCCUGCCCACCAUAUUGCUAGAAAAAAAAAUUCUUGAUGACCAGAAAUCACCCACCCCCACCCUCAAGAGUUAAAUGGUCGGCCCCUAACAAGCGUUGCGUGAUGACACUACUAAUCAUGGGAAAAUUCAAAUUAACCCCUGAGGGAGACCAAUGUGGGCAACUCUUGCCUAAUUACAUAGAGAAGCUGCCCACAAUGAUUUGAACAACUCUACACAACAAAUUUUUUUAGCUUAUCGUUACUACAAUAUUAAAAUGGUACUCAUAAAAGGCCCAAGGAUUCAAAAAGUAUGGUAUUAUUUUUCCCACAUUAUUACAGCAAUAGUAUAGCCUUUACAAUCUUCACGAGUUUUUAGUCAUCUUCAGUAACUUUUGGAAGUUGCCAGAACUUCUUUUGCAUUGUUUAGGAGUCAUCUGAACAUUCUUAUGGAUACAAAAAAACUUACUCAGGAAAAGAUUGCAGAUAGAUAAUUUCCAAACACUGUGCAUUUAGUAAAAUAUUGUUUGAGUGAGACCUGUAACUGCUGUAAUUAAAAAUAUAAAUAAUCCCACCUUUCGCUGAUCAACCGCAUCAUCAGGGAUGAGAAAAUAUUCUGCAUAGAGCUAUAUGUAUAAAAAGUUGGUGUAAAGUAAAAUGCAUGAAAAGCAUUAGAAUAACUUAAGGCAAAGUAUGAGAGGCAUAAAAAAGAAAAAAGUUGAAAUAAUGUAAUGAGCAAGUGUCACAGAGUCUCUCAAAUGUAAGGAGAUAGUCUCUAAAACUAUUAAGGUUGCUUGACAUAUGUGCUAUUGACCAAGCAUGAGGUCAAGAUGGCUGGAUAUCAGCAAAGUUCUUUUUUGCAUUUUUGUUGAGGUCAAUAUAAAUGCAGAAAAGAAUGAUGUCAACAUUUAGCCAUGUUGACCGAACAAGCUUGGUCAAUAAGGAUUCAUUAUAAUGGCCAAAAAAAGAUCUUUUACUUGCGGGACUAAUGCGGGAAAUCCUGAGUGGGCAGGAUGAGCCCAUCUUGGCCGCUUGGGUAGCCAAUCAGAAUGCAGGAUUUUCUUGAUCUUUCCUGCUCGUUGAUUCAGCCAUAUAACAAUGUAACAUAUUGCGUUAUCAGGUGUAUGAUGUCUCGGAUUAUGUGACCACUCAUCCUGGACAGGAAGCCAUUCUCAAAAAUGUUGGUGGAGACUCAACACAGGGGUUUACACAACAACCUGCACACAGAGUUGUAAAAAACCAUAUUUCAUCUCUGCUGGAAAAGUUUUAUGUAGGUGACUUAUCACCAACAGAUGUAAAACAUGGUGGACCAACGUAG